AUGGCUUCUCUAUUCCAAUAUUCAGCUUCAAGGAGGUUCUUUCUGUUGGGUUGGACACUGAUGACAAUCAUCGUCGGCAAAUCAUCAGUUUCCGUGGCUCUCUCUGUGUUCCGGCCAAGCCCAUGGGCCCUUGCCCACGCUACCUUUUAUGGCGAUGAGAGUGCCUCGGAGACCAUGGGAGGAGCUUGUGGGUAUGGGAAUUUGUUUGCGAACGGGUACGGGACGGACACGUCGGCUCUGAGCACGACGCUGUUCAACAAUGGGUACUCGUGCGGAACAUGCUACCAGAUACGGUGCGUUGGGUCCCCGGCGUGCUACCGAGGCUCCCCUUUUACCACCGUGACGGCGACAAAUCUCUGCCCCCCAAACUGGUCGCAGAACUCCGACGACGGGGGCUGGUGCAACCCUCCCCGCAGCCACUUCGACAUGUCCAAGCCCGCUUUCAUGAAAAUCGCCGACUGGAAGGCCGGCAUUGUCCCCGUCAUGUACCGCAGGGUACCCUGCAUGAGGAGUGGAGGGCUUCAGUUCAGCUUCCAGGGAAACGGGUACUGGCUGCUGGUGUACGUGAUGAACGUGGGAGGGGGAGGGGACAUAGCCAGCAUGUGGGUGAAGGGCAGCAGCACCGACUGGAUCAGCAUGAGCCACAACUGGGGCGCCUCCUACCAGGCCUUCGCCACCCUCGCUGGCCAGUCUCUCUCCUUCCGCCUCACUUCCUACACCUCCCGCCAGACCAUCGUCGCCUGGAACGUCGCGCCACCAAGCUGGACCGUCGGCCUCACCUACAAAUCCCAUGCCAAUUUCUACUGA